AUGAUUAUAUUUUCAUUGACUACAAGAUUAAACAUAUUUCAACGUAUUCUCCGUCAAGAAGGAGUAUUCAGUUUUUGGAAAGGUUUUACACCAUAUUUUUCUCGUAUUGGUCCACAUACAAUUCUUACUUUUAUACUUAUUGAACAACUUAAUAUUCAAUAUCAAAAACCUUAUAUUUCAGAUAUAUUAGUUGACGAUUUUACUGCAACAUGUUCACGUACAUUUGCUCAAACAUAUACAUAUCUUAUACGUAUGUCAUCAACAUUAUCAAUAUUUUCUGGUUGUCGUGAUCCGUCAUAUCAUCAUCUUGUAUUAUUAUGUCAACCAUAUUUCACAGAUAAUUCAAUAUCAAUUGCAUUUUAUUUAAAUGAAAAUUCGUCAAUGUUUACAAUUAUCAUAUAA